AUGAGCAGCAAUCGCCGCUCUCCCGUACCUUCCGGCCUCCUUCCAAUGCCGGGCUCGCCUGCCUCGUCGUGGGCCAUGUACAAGGCUCGAUUCGCGUCCAUCUUUCGAAACGCCGACACGUCGGUGCUGGUGGCUUUCUGGCUGUUUGGCCUCAUCAACAAUGUUCUCUACGUUAUCAUCCUGUCCGCCGCGCAGGACCUUGUCGGCUCCGAUGUGCCCAAGGGCGUUGUCCUCCUCGCCGACGUCCUGCCGUCCUUCUUCACCAAAUUAAUCGCCCCCUACUUUAUCCACAGGGUCCCUUACUCGAUCCGAAUCCUCGUCUUCGUCGCUGGCUCCUCGGCUGGCAUGUUCCUCAUCGCCCUCACCCCGCCCGACAAGUCGGUGGGCAUCAAGAUGGCUGGCGUUGUCUUCGCCAGUCUGACUAGUGGGGGCGGGGAACUCAGCUUCUUGGGCUUGACACAUCACUAUGGACACAUGAGUCUGGCGGCUUGGGGCAGUGGCACUGGUGCUGCUGGUCUCGUCGGCGCAGGACUGUACGUCGUGCUGACGACCUGGAUCGGUUUCAGUGUCAAGAACAGCUUGCUCGCCUCAGCCUUCUUGCCCGUCAUAAUGCUGCUCAGCUUCUUCGUCAUACUGCCGCGAGGGCCACUGCGCGAAGGUGCACGGGCAAAGGAAUACGAUAUCGUACCGGAAAGAGACUUGGAGCAAGACGACGUCGAGGACAUGCCGACCGACACCGCGGCGGCAAGUUUACUGGCACCAGGACCAGCUGUCGCAUCCACCGCCUUCUCAGCAAGCGCUGAUGAUAGCGCGGCCAAAUUCCGGUCUAAUUUACGUCGCGCACGAUCGCUGUUCUUGCCCUACAUGUUGCCCCUGCUGUUGGUUUACGUCGCAGAAUACACCAUCAAUCAGGGAGUGUCGCCGACCUUGUUGUUCCCUCUCGAUGGCUCCCCCUUCACCAGGUACCGCGACUUCUACCCAUUUUACGGCUUUCUGUACCAGCUCGGCGUCUUCAUCUCGCGGUCGUCCAUUGCCUUUAUCCGCAUCCGCCAUCUUUAUAUUCCGUCCUUCUUGCAGAUUGGGAAUCUCGUGCUUCUAACUAUGCACGCGCUGCUUUUCUUCAUCCCCAGCGUGUACAUCGUCUUUCUCAUCAUCUUCUGGGAGGGACUUCUCGGUGGGGCCGUAUAUGUCAACACUUUCGCAGAGAUCAUGGAAAACAUCCCUAACUCGGAGCGCGAGUUUAGUCUCGGUGCCACUAGUGUUAGCGAUAGCGCCGGUAUCUGUGUAGCUGGAUUUGUCGGCAUGAGUAUCGAACCGUGGCUCUGUAACUAUCAGGUUAGCCAAGGGAGGGACUGGUGCAAGCAAAUCAAGGUCGGAUGA